AUGCACUUGCCGUACGAGUCCAGGGGCCGUCGGCGCCGCGAGAUGGCUGAGCUCGAGCCCUGGUGGCUCCAGUCCAUCAUCGACGAAACGCUUGGCGAACAUCCUGACCUCGUACGGACUGGCAGUCCAGACUAUAUGUGCUCGCAACUACCACUACACUGGCGUUCUAACAAAACGCUGCCUGGUGGGUUCAAGGUAGUGGCUCUUGGCGAUGUACUGGACGGUACUCAAGUUACUGUCAGAGCUGGCAACGAUGAGAACUGCUCCGCCGAAUUGAGAAACAACACAGCCGUAAUGAAGAAUAGAGUCGCCAAGUUUAACGACCUGCGAUUUGUUGGCAGAAGUGGUAGAGGGAAAAGUUUUUCGUUGACGAUAACGAUAUCGACAACGCCGCCUCAAGUAGCAACAUACCAAAAAGCAAUCAAAGUAACUGUCGACGGACCCCGAGAGCCACGCUCUAAAACUAGUACAAACGUAUCUACACACCAAAUACGAGCUAUCGGGUUCCAGCGGCCAUUCAUCUCGACCACCUCUAUGGCACUUCGGGAUAUGGAGUAUAAGUCAUCAACAAGGAGUCUACGAUCGAUGUCUCAUGAAGAACGCGAGUACAAAACGAACGCCAACAUACCUACUGAAGAGAACGUUGGCAACAUCUUAGGGGCGAGCGAGUGGAAUACUGGUUAUCCCUCAACUGCCUCCGUGUAUCCUAGCUACGGACCUAUACAGCCUACAUACUACAAGCCAGACACGACGAUACACAUACCUGCUGUACUUCCUGAAAUGCCGUUAGGACAUACAGACUACAGCGGCUUCCAAUCUAGCUCCACGGGUUUUAAAGGAAGUCCAAGCGGCACGAGCGGCACGCUAACCGACCUCAACGCGCUCAACAUGACGCAGCGAUACGACCCCAACUAUUACAACUCCUGGCCCACAAACUCUUACAACUAUCAAUACAAUAAUAUAAACAAUAACCCCGCCUGCCUACAAUCGCACACACCUUACAUAAACCCAAACCCUCAAAUGAUCCUUCCAAACCUAACCUACUCUACAGUCAAUCAAAACCAAAUACACGUCCAUCUCCACAGUUCAGAGAAGUAUCUGGAACAGUAUAUGCCGAGUGAGAUCAAAAUAAACGAUAUAGACGGCGGUAUCUCCAUAACUACAGAUUUGUCUGGAGGAGGAGAACCCUCAGGACUCGUUCAAACUUGCGAAAGCAGCGAUGACGUGAAACACGGACUCUACGGUGCAGGAAGCCAAGAAGUGUGGCGACCCUAU